UUCAUCAUUUGUGAUUGUAUUUGUAUUUAUGUCUAAUAAAUAAAUGUUAAUCUUAAUAAAAUUACAUUACUUUCUCACACUUUAAGAACAAAUUUUGUGAUAAAUUUAAUUCUUCCAAAAUCAAAAUUUAAUGAAUAAUGAACAAUAAAAUUUUGAAUACCCUAGCAAACGUAAUAGAUAACAAGGACGAUAUAAAGAGAAGGCUUGAACUUGGCCUAGCUACUUUGCGUGAGCUACAAGUCUGUGUUGAUAAUUGUCAACACCGUUUUGGUGGUAAAUCUGAAUUGGCAACAGAAGAUGACAUAAGAAUAGUUAACUUAUGUGAAAAAUGGGAAAAAUUAUUGAGCCAUGGACUUAAAACAAGUCUUUCAAAUUCCACAAUACAGAAUUUUGUUACAGCUGGAUUAAAUUUCACCUUUAAUAUAGUAAAUGUUGGGAAUUCUUUAUGGAGCUACAGUUGUCUUCAUCUUACAAAACAUGAGAAGGAAAGGUUCAAAAUACUUUCACACAUUAACACUCCUUUGGGGUACUUUCGAGCUUUCUUACGAGCCUCACUAAAUGAGAGGUCCCUGGAAAGGUAUUUGCAGAGCUGGAUCUCACAUGGCCUUCUAGCAGAAUAUUAUGAUGAAGGUUCAUUUGUUAGGAGUCCAGAAGCACAAUUACUUCCCGGUAUAGCCAAAGGCUUAUCAACCAUACUGUUUGCUUUAUCAAUCGACAGAGCAGAGAUGAAUGAAUCACAACAACCCAGUAAUAUAAACAAAGCCGAGCUAUUAAUACCAGUACCCACACCUGUUAGGACGUCUGGCAAUUCAAAACGUAAGCCAUUUAAACAGGUUAUUUCUUUUGACAAAGUUGAUGAUAAAAAGGAAGUUACACAGAAGAGAUCACUGGAUACAAUACAGAGUGCUACAGAAUGUUCCUGGAGUAGUGCACCCGCUACGUGUCUUAACUCACCAGAUCCUAAAAUAGUACCAAAAGCAUCAAACAGUGAACCAACUAGUUCGGAUUACAGGAACAGUCUAAGAUACUUCUUUCCAGACAGCGUUAAGGCAAUGGAAAAUCCACUGCAAAUACUAUCGAAGUUAUCUGAAAGCGCCAAAGAAAUAUUUUCCAGUUCACAGAACAGUAUAGAUAAGAAUGCUAAAGACGACGUGUCGGAUUUGAGUGUGAAUUGUCUCAAGUUAUCGGAGAGUGACAGUGAAGAGGUGGCAGGAAGUAUAGAUGGAAGUACAUCAUGUUUGGAGCUUUGCUUCACAGAAGACGAGACUCACGAUAACAACAGCGUCAGUUCCGCUUUAGAUAGCAGAGAAAAGGACUUUAUGAACUUGCAAAUAAAGUUCAAUCAGUAUGAAGCGUCGAGUAAAGAGAAAAUACAUAAACUAGCAAAAGUCAUUAUAGAUCUAAGCAAAGAAAAUGAUAGAUUAAAAGAUCAAAUCAGAAACUAUAUGUCGGCUGUGGAGAUGGGUAGAGCGAUGAAGGACAACGAAAAUACAGAACAAGAAAUAGAUAUGUAUGAGAGAAAAUUGGUUCAGGUAGCAGAAAUGCAUGCAGAACUUAUGGAGUUCAAUCAACAUUUACAACGACGUUUACAAGAUUUGGAGACCAGCGGUUUGGAAGUGCUCGAUAUGCCCGAGUCAAACGUCAAGGCUUACAUACCAAGUGCAUUCCUGGUUGGCAAAAAAACUCAGACGUAUCAUGUUUAUCAGGUUUUCCUAAAGCUUGGCAGCGAAGAAUGGAACGUGUACCAUAGAUAUGCCAAGUUCCAUGAACUGCACACGCAACUUAAAAAGUGCCAUCCCGAUAUAGCCAGCUACAAUUUUCCCCCCAAGAAGACGUUAAGGAAACGAGACACGCGCGUGGUGGAGUCUCGCCGUGUAGCCCUGCAGUCCUAUUUGCGUCAUGUUUUGCUGUCGCUACCCGAACUAAGGAACUGCACCAGUCGCGCCGCUCUCACUACACUACUGCCUUUCUUUGGAACUUCGUCAACAACGAAAGAGGAUGGUCUGAACAUAUUGCCAUCAAGAUCACAGUCCACAAACAACGUGUCAACAAUCGAUGGGCUUUGAUUAAAUUUAUGAGGAUAUAACAUACUGAGGUGAAUAUAAUAUUAGAAAAAUGCAAAUAUAUAGAAUGUGAUUCAUAAAAUACAAUAAGCUUGCUUUUUUAAUACAUUUCUUUAUGACAAUGAGUAAAAAAAGAAUACAUUUAUAUGUAAUGAUAGGGUUUAUGUCCAUUCAAAUGUUCAUUGGACCUACGCCCAGUCGGAUGUAAAAAAAAUAAUUUAGGUAUGGUACAUACUGUUGUUGAUAUUGAUAUCAUGUAUACAAAAUUUAAUAACGGACAUGCAAAAACCAAGGAAUUGAAAACUAAUUUUUUUCUUAAGUAUGUUAAUAGUUGAUAGGUUAAACUUGUUGCCAAACAAGUUUAACCUUAGAUUAGAUAGUUUUUUUUUUUACA